AUGAAAAAUAACUUGCAUAUAUUUUAUGAAUGCAUUCAAUGCCCAGCCGGCCCUCAAGGGCCACCCGGUCCAAGUGGAACAGUUGGAAGUCCAGGACCGCCUGGACAGCAAGGAUUGCCUGGCCAAUUUGGUGAAGAUGGAAAUCCAGGACCUCCCGGAUGUAAUUUAUUUUUAACAUUUAAUAUUAAAAUAUAUUUAAAUUUAGUAACUGGAGAUAUUGGACCAACAGGUAACAAAUAUCAAAAUAGGAUUGAAAUAAACUUUUAUAUGAAAAUAGGACCUCCAGGAAAUGAUGGUCCAAGAGGACCUUCAGGUCUUCCCGGGCCAAAUGGCCUUCCUGGACCUCCCGGGGAGCAAGGGCCACAAGGACAUCCAGGGCCACCGUCUGGAGUAAUCGGACAAAUGGGACCGCCAGGAAUGAUGGGACCUCAAGGGAUUGCUGGAACUCCAGCUCCCUCUGGAAUUCAAGGACCUCCAGGAUUUCCUGGCACUCCAGGCAGAGAUUCUUCAUAUUGUCCGUGUCCUCCAAGAAACCAGCCACCUUUAAAUUAUGCCAAUGUUCUUAAUCAGCCUGGACAAAUUCCUCCUUACAAAAAGAAACUUUAUUGA